AUUGAUUUGAAUUGCAUUUGAAUUGAUUGGACAGUGAUUAAGUGUUUGUAUUGACACUCAUUAGUGAUAAUAAAUAUAAUAACAAACAAAUGACUCAUUGAUUGAAACAACGGUUUAAAUGAUUGAACACUUAAUUGGCUUUUAAUUGAACACUAGUUUUGAUACCAAUUAUAAGAAAUUGUUUUAUUGUUUGGCGAAAGUGUCUAAAAUUGGGGACAAUUUGAGUGAAUCUUAACUGAAAUGAAUCGUUCAGAAGGUUUAGUCCAACGAAGAACUCAUACGAAUAGUUCCACUAAUGAUAAGACAAAUAACAGCAAUAAUGGCAGCGAUUGUGUCACGAAUAGCGACCCAAAGACCAGUCAUAGUAACGAUGGCACCGAUGAAGACAUCGACUCCAAAGAGACCAGACUUACGCUUAUGGAGGAAGUGUUGCUCUUAGGACUCAAAGACAAAGAGGGUUAUACCUCCUUCUGGAACGACUGCAUAUCUACUGGACUUCGAGGUUGUAUUCUUAUAGAGUUAGCACUUCGAGGAAGAAUACAACUCGAAAGGGUUGGUCUCCGCAGACGAUCUCUUCUGCUAAGGAAAGUGCUCUUAAAGAACGGUUCGCCGACCGGAGACGUCCUCCUCGACGAAGCCCUCAAACACAUCAAAGAGACGGAACCCACGGAAACGCUUCAGUCGUGGAUCGACUACUUGAGCGGCGAAACUUGGAAUCCAUUGAAACUUCGGUACCAAUUGAAGAACGUUAGGGAAAGACUGGCCAAGAAUUUGGUGGAGAAGGGAGUGCUGACCACUGAGAAGCAGAACUUCUUGCUGUUCGAUAUGACAACACAUCCAUUGGUCGACAGCGGAUCCAAAAGCAAACUAAUAAAGAAAGUUCAGGACUCAGUGCUCUCCAAAUGGGUGAACGAUCCGCACCGCAUGGAUAAGCGCUUACUUUCACUCAUACUUCUGGCCCACAGUUCCGAUGUCUUGGAGAAUGCUUUCGCUCCGCUCAGUGAUGAUGACUACGAGGUGGCAAUGAAGAGGGUUCGAGAGCUGUUAGACUUAGACAUGGAGGCCGAGAGCGCCAAAGGGAGCGCCUGUGAGAUAAUGUGGGCCGUCUUCGCCUCAUUCGUCAAAUAAUAAUAAAUUUAUAUUUAAUUGUAAAAUUGGAUUUUAAUUUUCAAAAUAGAAAAUUAAAAGUUAAACAAAUCCUUAAACUAGGAGAUAAUAUACUGUAUACUACUGUAUGUCUGGAAUACGAUUUGAUAUGAAAUAUAUGCACAAAAUUAACCGAUGGGUCGUCCCAUAUCUUAUAUCCAUAUAUUGUUUGCUAAUUUACUUUUAUAUUACCGGUAUAUCAUAAUCUAAGUUAUUCUACUGCUUUGUAUUUCUAUUGUAUUGCCAUCAAUUCAGACAACAGUUAUUACCGUAAUAUUUAUUAUUUUUUGGGACC